CCCGCGCGCGUCCACCAGCAGAUACGCGCGUCUCGACGGCCGGCGUCUCAGUGUCGUCGCGACGACCGACGUCGUACUCGCGCUCCGUCCUCGUAUUUUCGUAAACGCGUCGUCUCGCGGUAUCAUUUCGAUUCGUGCGCGUGAAGAAAUCGAGAAGUCAUCUAAAAAACACUACUCGUCCAUCGACGUAUGUACUUAGAUACAUAUCAUCGGAAAUGUCAUUGAUUUCGUUGCUGUCGUCGAUCAAAAGGAGGACUCGAGAAGGACAACGACGUUAUUAGGAACCGAGAGAUCAAGAAAAAUCGAUAUCGAAUUGAUUCGUAUAUAAAUAUACACAGGAACACACACAUGAACACAUUUAUAUAAGUAAUUGUGUGUGUUGUUUUAGAUUAUAUUAUUAUUAUUAUUAUUAUUAUUUUGUUUUGUUUUUUAAUCGCGCGUUUUGGUGUUUCUAUCACGCCUAUUAUUUCUACAUAAUAUAACAAGUUCGUAUUCGAUCUUUCGGUCUUUCGUUUGUUCGUUCGUCCGUUCGUUCGUUCGUUCGUUCGUUCAUCGUCCGUCGACGACGUCGUGUCGACGAAGAAAAAGACGGAACCCGCGUUAUUCCGGCCGCGAGUGUGCGACGCUCGCGCGUGCAGAUGAGGCCACGAUCGAUCUGCGAAAGGGUGGCGGAGGAGUAUCGCGACGAGGAGUAUCGUCACGGGUACUACGAGAAUCGGUGCUUCUGACAACCGGACGAGCGGAGGGACAGACAGACGGUAGUGUGCCACAACAGUCGCGGUGCUUGCGAAUACUCGAUGGAUGAGUUCCAUCCAUUCAUUGAGGCCCUCCUACCAUUCGUGAAGUCUUUCUCGUACACGUGGUUUAAUCUACAAGCCGCCAAGAGGCGUUACUAUAAGAAACACGAGAAACGGAUGAGUCUCGAAGAGGAACGUCAGUGCAAGGAGGAACUCCAGAACGAAAAGCUGGAGGUGAAACAGAAAUGGGCCUCGCGGCUUCUGGGAAAGUUACGAAAGGAUAUCACGCAAGAAUACAGAGAAGACUUCGUACUGAGUAUUACAGGGAAGAGGCCAGCCAUGUGUGUCCUCAGCAAUCCUGAUCAAAAGGGCAAAAUGAGGAGGAUCGACUGUUUGAGGCAAGCCGAUAAGGUAUGGCGAUUGGACCUGGUAAUGGUGAUUCUCUUCAAAGCAAUUCCGUUGGAGUCGACGGACGGGGAACGGCUUGAGAAGACCGCGGAAUGCGCUCAGCCGGGCCUCUGCGUCAACCCCUAUCACAUCAACGUCUCCGUCCGGGAACUCGAUCUCUACCUCGCCAAUUUUAUCACCAGUCACGAGGUCCUAAAUGGCAUCUGCAAUGCGAGCAAAGAAGAGGAGAGGCGGCGAAAAGGUGCAGGAUACCACGAACUUUAUAACGGUGUCGUGUGCAAUGACACGAUCCUCGCGACAGGUGUCUUCAGCUCGAAGGAGCUCUGGAUGCUUUCAAAAGCGUCCAUACUGCAUGACCUCAGCGACAUGCAGCCUCAAAUAAACGCGAUCAAAAUAGAGCACCCGCCGUACUACUGCAGCAGCUACACCCCUCCAUCCGCAGCCACGGCCGCGGAUCAUGCUCAGCCUGCGGCUAGCUUCAGUCCACCACCGGUACACCAGCUGAUAAGAAACGACAAGACUGAAAAAGCUCCGACGGUCUCGGUCUCGAGUGCGGCGACAUUUUCGCCAGUUCUCAGGCCAGAAGAUGGUCAUCGUGGAAUGGACUCGCCUCAUUCGCAGACGGGAUUGCAUUCACCCCACGAAGGCAUGGCCGGUGGUUCCGGUCAAAGUAUGUCCGGUCUCGCUUACUAUCAACCUGAACAUCCUGCCUCAACGGGAGUGGUCAAGUAUCCGGAGAACGGUCACGAUACCCUUUCGGAUUUCGUGACGUUCGUUUGUCAAGAAGCUGAAAAUACGCAGCAACUACCCCAGGCGCAGCUAGCGGGACCGCGUACUGGCAUACAAAAGUUCUCACAGUAUUAUCCGAGUUCGAUGUUACCGCCACCACCACCGGCUCCAAUGGCGAGACCGGUUGCGAUCAUCAGGUCGACGGGAGAGUUGACUGGUACGAGCGCAAAUUCGCCGCCAACUUCCUCAACAUCUCCGACGGAUCCGAGCGAGCUUGGACCCAAUCAACAGGAACAGAUGGCAGCAGCGGCGGCGGUCGGCUUGGUCAGUUCGGCCUGUCAGAACUCUGUCGACCCAGCCGGUAGAAAAAGUCCCGCGAGAAUCCUUGUCACAGCACCUCACACCAGCAGGGAAUACACGUUCGCCCAUUUUCACUCUCAACCAGGACAGCAAAUCUUUACGUACCCUACUAUCAGUUCGAUGUCAGGAGUAAUAUCUCCGACGAAUCUCUCACUGUUCUCGUCUCCGGUUUCGGUGACGAGACCGGUAGCCACACAAAGGUCGGUCUCGAAUGUACCACCACGCUGGAAUACAACGCCGUUUAUCAACCUAGAGGAUGAUUAUAAUAUGAUAGCACCUAUCAUCGCGGGAACAACUAGUGAGCCACCACCGACUAUGGAUGAAGAUCGGUAUUUCCAUCCGGUUCAUACGAGCAGCGUCGUGGACAAAAGUGGUACUGGUAAUCUCAUGGGAACCGACUUAGGCGUGGCUACCGAUCCCACGUCGCAUCACCAUCAACAACAACAACAACAACAGCAGCAGCAACAACAACAACAACAACAACAACAGCAGCAACAACAGCAACAACAACAGCAACAGCAACAGCAGCAAGUGAUGCAGGACAAAAGCGGUAGACCCAAAUCUCCCCCGUGACACUGGGGUCUUCGACCGGAAAGUCUCGCGACUUCAACGGCGCCAUGUUCCACGGGGUCGUUACUCACUCCCAUCCACGAUAACAGUAACCAAUUAUAUCACCCCGAUAACGAGGGUGAACAUUCGGAUUCCUCAUGUCGCGUCCAACGUCGCGAUUUGAGUUUCCGGAGAAUCGAGUGCCUGAGAGUCUGAACGUACUAUAAUUUCAUGUAAGCGUAAAAACCGUCGAUUACCCUUCGUACGUCGAACGUGCGUUCGAGAUUUGACUCCUCGAACGGACGUAAGUAAAGACCUCCUUUCUCUCUUCUCCUCUUCUUUUAUGCUACAACCUCAUAAAAAGAAGAAAAAAAAUGCGCAACACGAAAUCAAAUAACGUCUCCUUCUCCUCGCUAUUCUACUUCUCCUUACUUUCUCUUCCAUUUUCGUUCUAUGUUUCUCUUUGAAUACCUUUCACAUAACUUUCCAUACCCCGAUCGAUCUCACUUCGCGAUACGAAAGGAAUCUUGUGGAGAUUCACUUUCAACGUGCCAAUUGCGAUGAGGAAGGAAGAAAAAAAAAUAGGGAUCGAUCGGUGACACCGAUUUAAGUUCUACUUAUUCUUUGUUUUUCUUUUCUUUUCUGUUUUCAAACGAUCCACCAAUUACGACGCUGACGAUUAUAACGACGAUCGAUUGAUUGAUCUAAAGGAACUACAUUAACGCUCAGACCUAGUGCUAAAUAUAUCUGCUAGUGGAAAAAAAUAUAAUAACGAAGGACUAGCGCGUGCUAGUCACCAGAGGCUGCUAGUUAGAAACAAAGUGAAUAUUUCUUAUUUCAUUACUCGAACUCGAUAAGCAGUUAACUGAUUAAUAUGUUGUACGUACAUAUAUUUAUACAUACAUACAUAAAUACAUACAUAUAUAUGUAUAUAUAUAUAUCAAUAUAAUAUAUAUAUAUAUAUAUAUAUAUAUAUUAAUAUAAUAUAUUAACGGGAACAGCGUUAAUGCGGGUGGAACGAUAUUAUGCUUGCUCGUUAACGCUAGUAAACAUCAGUCCUAUCAAGAGAAAUUACCGAUUAUUAUUAAUAUACGAUCUAAAUGUUGCACCGAACGUGAUCUAAUUUGCAACAAAAUCCUAAACGAUCGUUCCAUGCGCAAAAUUACGAUGAAUCUACAAACGCAUGGAUGAUAAAAUAAUAUAUAUAUGUGUGUGUAUGUACACACACACACACACACACACACACACACACACACAUGUUAAAAAACAAGCAGAGAAAAAGAGAAUAGAGAAAGAGAGGAGACGAACCAAUGUCCAAUCCGUGACUCCUAAAACGUUACCUAAAAUUUACCCGUAUUCCCAACAAACUUCCUCGUCCCUAAUCUUCCCCCACCCCGAUACUCACCGCCCUAUUGUAAAAGUAAAAAUGCGCUUAAUAUACUCGCUAGUUGACCAGAUAAUAGUUAAUGAUUUCUAGGUUUAUAAAAAUGGUUACACUUUGUUUCCUCUCCUCGAGUAAGAUUGAAAGAGUGUACGCGACCUCUUUCGUUUAGUCAUCGCCAAAACCUUAAGCUUUAGAAAAGAGAGGAGACUAUUAUUUAAACGUUGUUACGCACAAAAGCAUUAAAAAAAAAAAAAUAAAUAAAAAAACAGAAAAAUGAAAAGGAUUUAGCGCAAAUAAUCCAUUCGAGAUCGUAUUUAACGAGAAGUAUGUAAGUACAAACGUACAAUUAUUAAAUUAAAAUGAAAUAGAAAACAACUCGGCUCGAACAAAAGAGGAAGCGUUUCGUUUCUUUAUUUCUUUUUUUUUCAUUUCUUUUUAUUUUUCUUCUUUCUUUUUCUUUACACUCUGUCAAUCGAUUCGUAGUGAUAGUACAAAAAAGAAGAGACGCGUUUUACAGCAGCAACGAGUAUGUCAAUAAUAAAAGGAUAGAUACAAAGCGCCGACGAUAAUAUAUUAUUAUCCCUCCGAGGAAGAAUUUAAAGGAUGCUUAUACUGCUACUAAUUCAUUAUAUGAAGCAACGAUAUUAUUGCUACCACUAUUGUUAAUACCUUAUAUUACGAAUUAUUAUUACUAUUAUCGUACCAACGUAUUAUCACCACCAUCACCAUCGCCAUCGCCAUCACCAACACCAUCGCUACAACACCAUUACCAACGCCAACAUCAUUACCACUACCACUGCUGCUGCUAUGACUACUACUACUACUACUACUACUACUACUACUACUACUACUACUACUACUACUACUACUACUACUACUACUACUACUACUACUACUACUACUACUACUACUACUACUACUACUAC